GGGAGGGAAACAGAGGACAAGGAUUUACAGAAAGAGGGAACGGAAAGCAAGUCAGAGAGUCAGCAACAAUCAAAGCAAGAUAAAGACAGCUUACAGAAAGAGAGAGAGAGAGACAGAGAGAAGGAGAGGGUUGAAAGUACCGGACAUAAAGAAGUCAAAGUGAGGGCAGAAAAAGCGAAAUCAGGAAGAGAGGAGGAAGGAAAGCAAGGGGUCGGAGAGGAAGAGGGGGAAGUGAGAGAAAAGGAGAGACAGACAGAGAGACACAGAGAGAGAGAGAGAGAGAGAGAGAGAGAGAGAGAGAGAGAGAAAGAGAGAGAGAGAGAGAGGAAGCGAGAGAGAGAGGGAGAGCGAGAGAGAGGAAGCGAGAGAGAGAGAUAGAGAGAGAGCGAGAGAGAGACGGAGACAUAGAGAGAGACAUAGAGAGAGAGAGAAAGAGAGAAAGACAGAGAAAGAGAAAGAGCGAGGGAGACAGAGAGAGCGAUCGAGGUAUCCAGACGAGUUGAUGGGAUGGCACUGCUCUCUGGGAGCUGGGGAGCGCUGGCCAGCAUGGCGUGUUGUUGUCGUCAACGUCUCCUCUCCUCCUCCUGCUGCCACCGGCUCAUCACCCCCUGCCUCUGCUUCACAGACAUUUCUCCCGCUGAGCUGGAUGCUCUCUGGAGGGAACCCCCGUACACGCUCGCAGUAGCCAAUGAGCACUUCCCAGGAAAUGACCUCAUGGCACAAGGGUCAGGGGAGGAGUCUGAGGGUCCGGGGGCGGAGUCAGGAGAAGGAGGGGAGGAGUCUCAGAGCUACUGGAAGAGGAAGGAAGCGUUCGCCAGAGGAAGCACCGUGUCGCUGGCGGUGGGAGAGAGGUUCUCCUCAGACGUGGUGUUGGUGUUCAGCGGGAGGAGGAGGGCCAGCGCAGUACCUGACGCUGACCUACAGGAGGCACUGCGCACCAGACUCAGAGUGGUGGAGAGCAACAGCCAGGAUGUCAUCCAACUCUUCAAGGACCUGUCGGCUCGCCUGCUGUCCGUCCACGCUGAGAAGGACAGCUUUGUGAUCACUUUUAAGACUGUGGAGGAGAUAUGGAAGUUCUCCACCUACCUGGCUCUGGGCUACGUGGCUCGCUGUCUGGAGAACUUCCUGUGUGACCAGUCCUUCUGGUUGGACCCGGAGCUGCUCAGCGAUCUGGAGAUCAACGUGAGCCUGAACGAGGAACACCUGGCCACCCUGUAUCUGGGACUGCUCCUACAGGAGGGCUCCUUCUUUGCCAAGGCUCUGUACGGCAGCAGUGAGAAGAGCGAGGAGGAGGAGGAGCUGGCGUUCGGGAAGAACGACCUCCUGAUGGUGAGAGACACGGGGCAGGACAGCAUGUGGGAGGGCACCCUGCUGCCCGACGGCCGUCACGGCCUGGUGCCGGUCAGCGCCAUGCAGCCUCUGCCAUACCCCUUCUACCAGUGGUUCCUGAGGAAGUUUCCUGGCUGUGCUGGCGGCUCGGCAAGUGACAGAGGACAGCUCCCCCACCCCAUAGUGACAGGUGUGUGUGUGGCGGUGGAGGACUACAGCCCCGUGUGCGGGGAGGACCUGCAGCUGAGCCGGGGGGACAGGGUGGAGGUCCAGGGCCUGCUCCUCAGAGGACUGGACAUGUUCGUAGGAACCAACUCCUCCACCGGACGCUUCGGCUUCGUCCGCCAGGCCCACGUCCAGCCUCUCGACACCAAACCACUAGAUGGACAAUUGGUGUUUCUGACGGAGGAGGAGAGGGCAGGCCUGGCCUUGGUGAACCCCUUCAGCACGGAGCCCAGCGACAGGAGCCUGCUGGACAGACUCUUCUCCUCAGACAUCAGCACUGUCUACCGGCUGGAUAGAUUGGAUGAAUCGGACUUUACAUAUAUCCGGAACCAACCAAAACAAGACCCCAAGACCCCCACCAGCACUCGCCAGAGCCUCAUUUCAGAGAAGAGUGGGGGCACCCCCCCCUACCACUCCUCCCCAAGGGCCUCUGUCUCUCAGCCCUCCCCCCGACCUUCCCCCCGACCCUCCCUCCAUCAGUCCCAGAACCCGGUGGGCCGCGAUGGCGAGCUGCUGUCGUUCAGUCUGGAGGACACCUUCAGGGAGUUGGACGUGUUUCAAGACAACCCUCCACUCUUCCUGGAGGACGCCAGCUGGGAGGGGGAUGAGGGCGAGCUCUGUGACCCCACGCUGACCCUGCUGAACCACAGUAACUUCCAGGAGAGCUUCCUGCCACUGUAUGACCUCCAGUGCUCCUUCCUGGGGGAGAUGUUCGGAGGGCAGAGUGAGGAGGAUCUACUGGGUCACCUGGAGGGUGCCAGGGAAGCUGCCAAGCGGGCAGGGAUGCACUGGGCACACCGCCGGGCAUGCUUCCUCCUGGGCAGGCUCAGCGCCAAGAAGCUCAAGUACUCCCAGGCCCGUGUGUACUAUGAGGAGUCUCUGAAUGUGCGUGUGGACGGCUUCUCUGACCUCCCGCUCCUCACCGCUCUGUACACCAACCUGACCUCGGUCUACCUGAAGCAGCGCAUGACAGACAAGCUGCCCCAGACCCUGGAGAGGGCCUGCGCCCUGCUGCUCUGCCUCCCCAGCCACAGCUUCACCUCCCUGGACGAGUUCGAGCUGCUCUGCCUGCUGCUGAGGAGGGCGGUGGUGGAGGGCAACAAGCACCUGGAGGCGCGGGUCUGCUACCUGACGGCCAGCCUCUUCCUGCUCCUGGGAAAGAGCGAGGACGCCCUGGCCUUCGUGGAGCGCCUGCAGUUCCUCACCGUCACCCUGUCGGUGGAGGAGGGGCGCCCCAUCGCCCCGCUGGACCUCAACUGGCUCCUCUGCCGCCUCUACAACCGGAAGUACAUGCCCUACCUGGCCCUGGCCUCACUCAGCCUGGACACCAGGCAGGACCACUCUCUCCAGGAGGCCUUCCAGCGGAUCCAGCUGUUCGUCAGGAACUCGGUCCGGCUCAACCCUCACUGGAGGGAGGGCACGUCCCUCCUCCCGGCCCAGAUCGUGGUGUACCUCCAGCAUGCCCUGGCCCUGGCCGAGCAGGGCUCGGAUCUGAAGACCCAGAGGGACCUGUGCCUGGGCCUGGCCUGCGUCUACCAGCAGUACGGGGCCCUGGAGCGGGCUCUGCCCUGCGCCCAGCGGGCUGUGGCGGCCGGGGCCUCCAUCAACGAGGAGGAGGGCUUCCAGGCCUCGGUCCUGCUGGGCUGGCUGCUGGUGAUGACGGGGAGGCCGGAGGGAGGCCUCCACACCCUGCGGCCCCUGCUGCUCUCCCUGCAGGGCACAGACAGCCCCACCCAGAGGGGUGUGAUCCACAACCUGCUGGCUCUGUGUCUGCGGAGGCAGGGUUGCGUCCGCGAGGCCGGCCACCACCUCCACUGCGCCCUUCGGAUCUCCCAGGAGAGUGGCAACCAGAGGAACCAGGCCCUCGCCCUGGCCAACCUGGGAUGCCUGGCCCUGGGGGCGGGCGCACCAGCUGUGGCAGAGCGCUUCCUCGUCAGGUCCCUGAGUCUGUUCCUGGAGAUCUGGGAGAGCCCCACGGACGAGGAGCACGUGCAGACCUACCUGUGGCUGGGGCGGAGCUACAAGGACAGGGGGCGGAGCCAGAACGUCAGGCUCUGCUAUGAGAUGGGCCUCCUCAUCGCCCUGCAAGCUAGGAACCUGCACAGUCAGAUGGUGGUGUCUAAGACGUUGAGUCGCCUGUACGCAGACCUGCUGCUGUACGGCCAGAGCAUCAUCUACUACGAGCACUGUGUGAGCGUGUCCAGGGAACUGAAGGACAAGAGGCUGGAGGGGGAGUACCUGGAGAUCCUCAGCAGCCUGUACCUCACGCUCAACACCGAGAAGUCGUCCCGGAAGUCCCUGGACUGCUCCAAGCAGAGCCUGCGCAUCUCCAUCGACCUGGGGAAGAGGGAGGAGGAGUCAGAGACCUGGCUCCAGGUGGGACGCAUCUACUACCUGAUCCACGAGGACGAGCUGGCCGACAUGUACCUGCAGGCAGCGGUGAAGACAGCGCUGAGGAUGAACGACCCUCACUUCGCCAUGAGCAUCUACGAGGAGGCCGGAGACGUGUUCUUCAAAGGACACAGGAACAGGAUGGCUUCCCUGCCCUUCUACAGGGAUGGCAGUCUGCCGUUCGCCAGGAGCAUCAGAGACGUCCAGUCUGAGUUCCGUCUGCUGAGUAAGCUGACAGAGCUGCUGAGCUGCCAGGGGGAACACAAGGAGGCCCUGCAGUACGCUGUCCUGGCUGUGGAGGUCAGCAGUCACACAGGUGUGUGUGUGAACGAGCGCGCCGCCUACCACCGCCUGGCCUCGGCCCACUACUCCCUCCAGCAGUACGAGCUGUCGGAGAACUACUACCUCAAGUCCCUGUCCCUCUGUCCCCCCAUCCUGCAGCACCCCAGCGAGGCCCGCUACUACACCAAGCUCUACUGCAGGCUGGGAGACCUGACCAUGUACAAACUCAAGGAUGCUCAUGACGCGGUGGGGUAUUUCCAGCUAGCCCUGGCCGCUGCUCUGGAGGACCAGGAAAGCCCCCAGGCUCUGUACGUGAUCUGCAUGAAGCUGGCAGAGAUCUAUGCAAACCACAUGCCGGACGCCCAGCUCUGCCAGGCCUACAGGGAGCGGGCCCGGAGCCUGAGGAGACAGCUGUCUGGACAGGGGGUCUCCGAGAGCAGAGAGGGGGGCGAGGGAGGGGUGGAGGGGGGAGGCGAGGGGGAGGUGGAGGGGGGGGUGGAGGACGCGCGCGUGGAGGGGGGAGACACGGGGAGGCGUCAGGUGGAGACAGAACACGCGGAGGAAACAGACCUUUGUUGCACAAGGAGCACAAGACAAAAGCACGUAGCGUCGAAGGCGGGGACGCCACCCGCAGACAGCCGUCGCACCGAGACGGGGGCAGGACGCCCGGACAGCCGUGACACGGACGGAGAACGCAGGGAGACCGGUCACGCUGGCGCGGAGACAGGGCGCACGGAGAACCGCGUGGAAGACGCCGAAACCGAACGCGAGUGGAACGGCAGGUCGGAAACAGAUACAGAGGCAGCAGCGGAACACCCGGAGAACCUCCACCCUGACGCAGAACCAGAGGCAGGAGCACGACACGAGGAGAACAAUCGCACAGGAACCGAGAUGGAGAGCGAGAACCCUGGGACUGGCACCGAGACGGAGGCAGGGCACACAGCUACACACUUCACAGAAGCGAAGACCAACCCCACAAGGAAAGUGACUGAAAACGGGUGUGAUGACUCCGACCAUGCUAAUACCACCAGAGCUAACCCUGUGAAGAGGUUAGAGGAAGACUCUGAACUCCAUAUGAGAUGCUCGGAACCUACCGAGGAGACAAACGACGAGGGUCACAGUCAAGGGGAUCCUGACAAAGACCUGGACCCGGGCCACGUGAAUGCGGGUGAGUCAGACUAAGUGACACUGGCAACUCUAUUGAACACAAGAUCGGGCUGGAGCAAACCGUGAGAGCACUGUAGAUAAUGACCACAUUAUACCAAUGACCACACGCGUAGCAGGAUACCGUAUGUGGAGAUAGAACUGAAGAUAGAGUGCUCUCUGACUGACUCAGCGCCUGUUUUUUCUGCCACAAAACAAAAGAAUGAGGGCAGAAAACGGACAAAAAAUAUACAAACAUGUUGUUGAUGUUGUUAUAUGCACAAGCUUUUCUAUAUACAGUCUCUGUAUAUUACAGAGAACAUCCCAUUUGUAAAAUACUGUAGGUUUUUGUAAAUAUGCUUUUGUAAUUCAAUAAAAUGACUUAAA